GCUGCGUCAACACGUGUAAACGGCUGGGUAGUUGGAAAGGAGACGAUGGCGUUGGAAGUAGAAGAAAUAUUUAUUUCCUCCGGUUCGGAUUCUGAUUCUGACAUUGAAGGUUUGGUGGAUAUGGUGUUUUCUAAAAUGAAGUGGAACCUGUCUAAAAAAGGGCGAUCGGCUUCAAAGACGAUGCGUGAAACAGUCCUAAAAAACACAACAACAACAACAACAAGGCGAACUCGGUCGUCAACUCGUAAAUUGUCACUGACUGAAAGUGAAACUGAUAACACUUCUACAAAAAGAACUGCUGAGGCUUCUAGUGCAUUGACUUUCUUUAUCGACACCAAACCCACAAAACAUAAUCUGUCUGGAAUAAGAUCUGAUUCUGACAAUGAGCUUGAGCCCAACUCCAGUUCCAAGACGGUAAAGGUGACUUCAGAAUGCGAUUUAUGUGAAAGUGACAAAAACAACAUCGUCGCCCAGAAUGCAGUAUCACAAAGUGCCAAGGGUGAGGAUGGUGCAUCCUCCCCAGAUGAUGAAGAAACGGCAGCAGCAUAUAAAAUGGAUAAGAAAGAGAAGAAAAAGUCUGCGAAGGCCAAGUCAAAAGGUCGAGUGGAGCUGUCCUCCUCACUACAGACAGAGGAUGACCUCUCUGACCUCUAUGUCAAUGUACGCUCAUUUCAUCAGCCCCAAGAGCACAAACCCCAGAUAGACAACCUUCUACUGGGCGGCAGAGAUCAGGAGAUUCUCAAGAGGAGUGUCAUAACCCCUGACUUUGAGAAGAAGGACAGGGCCUUGCCCUACACGGAGAGCGUUCGUAAACUGAAAAUGCAGAGGCGGAAAGAGCGAGCCAUGACAAAGGGAAACAACUGGUACAACAUGCCUGCGACAGAGUUGACAGAGGAGAGGAAGAACGACCUGAAAGUGUUACAAAUGAGACACGCCCUGGACCCGAAGAGGUUCUACAGAGCUAAUGACCUCCACACAGCACCCAAAUACUUCCAGUUUGGGACAGUGGUAGAGAGUAAGGCGGAUUUCUACAGCUCUAGAAUCCCAAAGAAACAGAGAAAAUCCACACUGGUAGACGAACUGUUUGCAGAUGCUGAAUUUAGAAGGUAUAACAAAAGGAAGUACGCUGAGAUUCAAGAGGCCAAAAGGCUCGGGACUGGACCGUAUCAGAAGAUGAGAUUCCCCAAGAAGAAGAAGAAAACAAAGAAAUGAUCCACUGGAUUUCAAGAGAAAAAGUUUAUUGUAAAAUUUUAUUCACAAUUUGAAUGUCAUGUGAUUCGAUGAUGAUGCAAUGCAUUAAAUCAAACCCUGAGUCCUCACAA